AUGAACAUCCCCCUCAACACAGUCAAGGUGCUGCGCAAUGUGCCGCUUCCCGAUGAGGCGAGCGUGCUCCACACGAAUGCCGCGGUGCUGGACAUGGGCAGUCACACGACGCGGCUCGGGUUUGCAGGGGACACGGUGCCGCGCAUGCGGCAGCGCACAUGCGUCGUGAAGGGAAAAGCAACUUUCUCAGACGCCUGUGACGUGCUGGACCACGUUGAUGACCCCGCCGCCGCGACGACGGUGCUGCAGAAUGGCAUCAUUGUGGACUGGGAGGGGUACGAGGAGCUUCUGAGCCGUGUCGCCCGGAUACUGGACCUCGAGAACGUAGAAAACAAUACCCCGCUGCUACUGACAGAGAAGGCACUCGUGCCUACGCAUCAGCGGCAGAAGAUCGCCGAGGUCCUCUUCGAGACCCACCACGUUGUCGCCACCAGCUUUGCCUUGAGCCCGGUGCUGUCCCUCUACGCGUCCGGACUGGGCACCGGCGUAGCCGUGGAACUAGGCCACGAUCAGAGCCACAUCGCGCCAGUCUUCCAAGGGCUUUCGCUGUUUCACGCGACGCACUUCCUCGACGUUGGCGGCGCGGACCUCACCCGGCACUUCACCUCUCUCAUGUCUGGCGUAGCGACCACGCACGUGUCGGUGCUGGGCAGCAUGACACCAACACAGCGGGAAAGCAUGUGGGAAUACAUCAAGGAGCGCCACUGCGCCGUGGCCGAGGACGCGCAGGUCUUUUCUGAGAUCAGCCGCGCCGGCGCUGUGACGGGCAGCCCCAACGGUGGCUCGCCGCUGGGAAGCCCGCACAGCGAAGAGGAUCGGUACCGGGAGGUGUGCGUUCUGCCCGACGGCACCGCUCUGCCCAUCAGCGGCGCCGCUCGGUUCAUCCCUGGCGAAUGUUACUUCCAGCCAUCCCUUUCCCCGGCGCUCCAGCAGCCGCGCGACCAGUCCACCGUUGUCGAUGAGGUGCUGCUGCGCACGACACAAGCACCGGUGUCUAUCCCCGAGCUCGUCGUGGACGCCAUGCAGCGCUGCGAUCACGACCUGCUGCCCACGUUCGCUUCCCAUAUCGUCGUUAGCGGCGGUGCCUCGCUGUUGCGCGGACUGGCGCAGCGCGUCGAGUCUGACGUGCAAACUCGCCUGGCGAGCACCGGCGGCGUCCACAGCGUCGGUAGCGCACGCGUGUACGCGGAUGUCGAGCGGCGUGAUGCCGCCUUUGUGGGUGGCUCGAUCUGGGCAUCGCUGCCGGCGGCACAGGCGUUGUGGGUGACAAAGGCAGACUACAACGAGGUGGGGCCCAUGGCUGUGGUGCGCGGCUGCUUUUAG